CGGCUCGUCACCGCAGCCCUCGGCUUCCCAAUUUGACGGGAGGGCCCGGCGUAGACCCGCCUCUCCUCGGCUCGCUUGCAUUAUCCUCCAGCCCGCCUCCAGCGACGGCGCUUGGUUGUGAGCGGCCGGCGGCAGGCAGGGCUCGCAGUAACAAUACUGACAGCCGCGACGGGAAGAUGGAGCGAGGAGACCAGGAUUUCAACAUACUGCUGGCCACGGACUCCUACAAGGUUACGCAUUACAAGCAGUACCCACCCAAUACUAGUAAAGUCUACUCAUAUUUUGAGUGCCGGGAGAAGAAGACAGAACCCAGCAGGGACAGGAAAGUAAAGUAUGACAAAACAGUCUUCUAUGGUCUACAGUACAUCCUGCACAAGUACUUAAAAGGCAAGGUGGUCACUUCAGAAAAGAUUCAGGAGGCAAAGAAGGUGUACCUGGAACAUUUUCAAGAUGAUGUGUUCAAUGAGAGUGGUUGGAACUAUAUUCUGCAGGAGUAUGAUGGUCACCUCCCCAUCGAAGUCAAAGCUGUCCCAGAAGGCAGCGUGAUCCCACGUGGAAAUGUGCUCUUUACCGUUGAGAGCACUGACCCCAAGUGCUAUUGGCUCACCAACUGGGUGGAGACGAUUCUAGUUCAGAUCUGGUAUCCCAUUACUGUAGCCACCAACUCCAGGGAACAGAAGAAGAUCCUGGCCAAGUAUCUGAAGGAGACUUCUGGGAGCCUUGAUGGUCUCGAGUACAAGCUCCAUGACUUUGGUUAUCGGGGAGUCUCUUCACAGGAGACAGCUGGCAUUGGAGCCUCUGCACAUUUGGUGAACUUCAAAGGCACAGACACCGUGGCUGGUAUCGGGGUCAUUAAGAAAUGCUACGGCACCAAGGACCCUGUGCCCGGAUUCUCUGUGCCGGCAGCAGAGCACAGCACCAUUACCGCCUGGGGGAAGGACCAUGAGAAAGACGCCUUUAAGCACAUCGUGACACAGUUCCCCUCCGUCCCGGUGUCUGUUGUCAGUGAUAGCUAUGAUAUUUACAAUGCCUGCGAGAAAAUUUGGGGUGAAGACCUGAGGGACCUCAUCGAGUCUCGGAGUGCUAAGGCGCCUCUGUUGGUGCGACCAGACUCUGGAAACCCUCUGGACACCGUACUGAAGGUCUUGGAUAUAUUAGGCAAGAAGUUUCUUCCUGUUGAGAACAGCUUGGGUUUCAAGGUUUUGCCCCCCUACAUCCGAGUGAUCCAGGGCGACGGUGUAGAUAUCAACACAUUGCAGGAGAUUGUUGAGGGAAUGAAGACGAACCGGUGGAGCAUUGAGAACAUCUCCUUUGGGUCUGGUGGUGCCUUGCUGCAGAAACUGACUCGAGACCUCCUGAACUGCUCCUUUAAGUGCAGCUACGUCGUCACCAAUGGUCUUGGGGUAAAUGUGUUCAAGGACCCUGUAGCGGACCCCAACAAGCGCUCCAAGAAGGGACGGCUGUCCUUGCACAAGUCGCAGAGUGGGGAGUACCUCACCCUGGAGGAGGGCCGAGGGGAGCUGGAGGAGUAUGGAGUGGACCUGCUGCACACAGUAUUUCACAAUGGGAAGAUCGUGAAGACCUACACGUUUGAUGAGGUCAGAGAGAACGCCAAGCUCAAGGACUGCGAGGUACAACAGCUGCUGAACUGACCGAGCUACAGCCUGCCCAGGCAGCACUGCAUGUGCUCUCUGUGCUAGGGGGGUCCUGGGUCCUGUUUGAGGCCACCACCACUGUUUAAGACCACCACCCGCCGCCCUGCACCUCUGGCGUGGAGAGAAAGCCAAACACCUGCCUGAGCUCAGAGAGAGAGAGAGAGAGAGAGAGAGAGAGAGAGUGCGCUCACAGAGAGCUUGUAGGAACAAACCCCACAGAAUGCGUCUGUAUGCCGUCUACAGAACUGUAUGCUACAAAUUACGGAACUUUAAGCUUUGUUGUAUAUUUAAUGGUGGGACGAUAAAGUUAAGAGACUAAUACAGUUUGAGGACUUAUUACUGUACAUAAACUAUUGAGUAGACCACUAUUCUGAAGUAAACAUGCACAUUAAUGAAAGUGUCUGAACUUUAAUCAGCUAUAGAACCUUAAGGUAAAUGUUAAAUGUUGAUGAAUGUGGAUGUGUUUUGCAAACUGUUAAUUACCUGUUGUUUGGGAUUAUAUUCCUUUAUGCAAUUUAUGUUUUUAAAUGGGAAAGGCACUUUUGUUUUUUUCCCUGUUCACCUUUUAUUCAGAGAACUGGAUCUUUUCUCGCAUCACAAAUGCCAAAUGAAGGUGAUCUAUUGCCUGUUCUGUAGACUGAGUCCUGUAGCAGUCAGACUUUGUUCUGAAGUUAAGAAAUCCACAAUGUCCAUGGAAACGGAGUAAUUGUUUUUUUGUCAAAUUUAAAAUGUUUAUUGCAUUACUGUCAUCUGGAAAUGAAACACUGACAGUUUGUCAGGGGUCAUUAAGAAAUGCAAUGAGAUAUGGAUCAAACGAUUUUACUAGAACCUGACUUUACAAUUUUGAUACUUUCAAAUUUAAUUUUAAUUUGAUUUUUUUGACAGGAUAAUGUUGUUGAAAAGUUAUCACACUGAAUAUUUCUAUUUAGGGAAAUGUGGCCAAACUGCCUUCUCUGAAUUUUUUUGUGUGUUUAUGUGUCUGCAGAUGUGUGUAUUUUUGUAUGUAUGUAUAGCUUAAGUAACUGUUCUGCCUGGUUGGGAAGAUGUAUCUUUUUCUGUCUGAAGCCCAUUUUUAUAAAAAUCACUAUAUCAUUGGUUUUAGCUCAUUUGUGUACAAUAUUUGAAUGCUGAAGGUGAUAUGUAUGUGUGUGUAGAAGUCUGUUAUUUUUCUAUUUUUUCCUUUCAUCACCUUUGGAAAUUUUGGAUAAUGUUAUUGUGGAGAUAUUGACAUAAUACUGAAAUGACCACCCUGUCUGUUUGCCGAAAUAUUUUCCUCAUUGUAAAGUAAAAAGAGGACUGCAUUUCCUUUUCUAUCUACUGAAAAAAUAGAAGAAAAAAAUCGACGAAAGCACUAGCAUUUAAUUUGAUGGCACCUGUAUCUAUUUUCAAGAGGGAUCCGUGUGCUUGAAACGUGUGGGUGAAAUUUGAAAUAAAGCAAUAACGAAUAGAGCA